AGCCUUUUUCUUUUGAACUUUUAUCGCCCCGGUCGGUUUUCUAUUUGCCCAAAUCUCUCCACAGUCUCGUCAUCUUCUUCCUUCCUUCUUCUUCACUAUCUCAAACUGUACCAGCAAAAAUGGCCAUGAGUCACAAAGAUCUUCCAGACGAGUGCUGGAAAAUCAUAUUCAACAAAUUACACCAACAGCACCACUCUCAUCUCGAAUCCUCGUCCCUCUCCUGCAAGCGAUUCCUCUCCAUCACCAACACUCUCCGAACCAGCCUCAAAAUAUUCACCCAUACAGCGCUCAUCCCCCUCUCCGCACUCUUCACUCGUUUUCCGAACCUCAACUCCAUCUACCUCCGCUUCUUUCGCAGCGGAGAUCUCAACCGACUCAUCGCCGACAUCGCAACCUCCGAUUUAAACCUCGAAACCCUAGAUUUCACGGGAACCGAUGGCCUCCCUUUGGAGAGCUGGAGGUUACUAGGAUCCCGUAUGAAGAAUAUUAAGGUUUUGAUUUGUCCGAAUCUCCGCACGUUACGCGACAUUGAGUUGGUUGUUAUUGCGGAUUCCAUGCCCUGUUUGGACGAUCUGGAUAUCUCUCAUCCUUCAAAUUAUUUCGGGUCGGUUCCUGAACUACAGGGUCGGAGCCUGGGUGAAGUGGGCUUGACAGAUAGCGGCAUCGAGGUGGUGUCGUCGAAAUUGAAGGGUUUGAGAAUAAUCAACGUAUCUGGUAACGAAUUUCUCACCGAUAAGUCGCUUAUUGCUCUUUCCACGAAUUGCGUCUACUUGACAGAUAUUGUAGUUCUCAACUGUUCGUUGGUCACUUCAGACGGAAUCGAAUUCGUUAUGCGCAACAGUACCAAUUUGAGUCUAGUGUCAGUUGAUGGAAUUGGAUUCGGUUCAUUAGAUGACUGUUCGAUUCGUUGUGCAAGAAAUAUAUCAACUCUUGAAAUCCACGAUUCGGUAGUUCCCGAUGGAUAUCUCCAUUUGCUUGCCAAGGCUGGUAUUCCUUUAAAGAGUUUCACUUUAUCGCAUUGCGAGACCCUCACCUUCUCUGGAAUUUCAUCGGUUUUAAGCAAAUACUCGUCCCUGAAGUCUUUAUCUUUAGAUGGAAUAGAUGUGCUCACUGAUGAGAAAAUGAGUGAUUUAUCUCAAUAUCUCCCCGCUUUAGACACAAUAUGCCUCGAUUUUUGCGUUAAUCUAACUGAGUUAACCUUUUUUAAGCUUGCAAAGAAUUGUUCUUUGCUAGAGUAUAUUAGUAUGAUUGGAACGAAUCUUGGAGGAGGAGGAGACGAGGCUACUGAUAUUGUAAAAAACCCACGAAUCAAGUCUCUGAACUUGGAAGAUAAUUCGAAUCUGAGUGAUGAAUGUCUUGCAAAACUUGCUUCGGUAUGCCCUAGUUUAGAGGUGCUUCUUGUGUCCUCCUGUAAGGGUAUAACAGAGAAAGGCAUUGCUGAUUUCUUGAAGAGCUGCUCCAAGGUUAGGAGUUUGCUGAUCGAUGAAUGUGAGGGGAUUAAGAACAUUGGAAAUGGUUUUGAACUCUCCAAACUGGACUUCCUUGGUGCAACUAGAUCAGGGAUUGAUGAUGAUGGGUUGGUGGUUAUAGGGAAUAGAUGUCACGGGCUCCUGCAUUUGAACUUGGAAGGUUGCUUGGGGGUGACAACGGUAGGGUUGAAAGAAAUUUUGACAAAUUGUGAAAAAUUGAGAAAGAUAAAUUUGACUGGGUGUCUUAAUGUGAGAACGGAGACGGUAGAUUGGAUGGUGUUUUCAAGGCCAUCACUGAGGGAAAUUAUCCUGUCAUAUACAUCUUUGCCUUCUGAAAGCCAAAGGAAGCUGUUCUUGCUCCAUGGAUGUCUUGUUUCCACAAGGCGCCUAUAAAGGAACCAAGUUCCUAGAAGUGGCUUACACUUUGGCCAAGUUUGGACGGAAAUGCCCCUCGCUUCAAAUGCCUGAGAUUUUAUUUUGCUUCUUCUUGCGUAAGGGUGUUUUAGUGAUUUCGUGCUUAAAAGUGGUGGGCCAUGGCCAUUAUUUGGGUUAUUUACAGAUUACUUUAACGGUUUUCGGACUUUCAAUGUUUUCCCUCUACGUCCUUUUUUUUACUCACUAUUUUGUCUUUUUGUGUUGCUGGGUUUGGGGGCUAUUUGGUAAAAUUGCCCGCCUAGGUUACUGUUUGGCCAUUCAAUCCGGCUGAAAUUUAGGCUUCCUGUCUCCCAAAACCGGGUCAAGCUCUCAUCCAGUCACCCUUACCAUCCACUCCCGGCAAGUUGGCCAUUUUCCGGCAAACGUCGGUUUUGUUCAAUGAUCGAAUUUGUUCAUAUUGUAGAUCUCGUUGAGACUCACUAUCAUGUAAAAAAAUUAUGUCCAUUGGAUGUCGUUUAGUGCACGAUCGUAAUAAGUUUAUUUUGGAAAGAAAUACAUACCCACACUGGAUGCAAAUGAAUGUGUUGUACUAAACGAUAUCCGAUAGACAUGAUUUUUGACGUAGUUAUGCGCAUUGACGAGAUCUACAAUAUGAACGGAUCCGAUCAUUGAAUGAAACCAACAUUCGCUGGAAAAUGGCUGACUGGCUGGGAUUAGACGGUAAGGGCGACUGGAUGGGAGCUUGACCCCCCAAAAUUGUCUGCUGGCAUGAAUAAUUCACAAAAAUGCUAGGAAGAAGGGGAUAAGCGAAGCAAGAAUGGAAAACAGUACAAAAAUUGACGACCACGAUGGUGAAGGGUUUAAAAACCUCGAUGGUGUUGGGAAGGUGAGAGCGACCAUGUCGCCGGAGGAGACGAGCUAAGAGGCGGCUUGGUCAAUCAGUUCUUGAAGGCGAGCAUGUGUGAGGUCGAACUGAAUCGCGCGGUGGGAUGGGAAUUGGCCAGCGACCUGCUUUAGUAAUCUGGUGAGCGUUGAACUUGCCAUUUUUCUGUGCGAUGUUAGAGAGAGAGAUUUUCCUGGUGGGAGGGCAACAAACUCACCAGUCCCAUCGACCAGCAGCACCGGCAAGCACAACUAGCGGAGCCGCCUUCACCUCAGCCUUGGCGAAUACAAUCGACACCACAUCAAGUUCAAGCUUCAGAUGCCGAAGAGAAGAAGUGAAUUCGAGUACGGAGAAGUCCGGACGUGCCUUCACAUCUCAGGUCUGCCUCUCAACUUUCUCUCUACUUUGUUAUGGUUACCUUCAAGGGUAUUGCAUUUGUGGCUCUAGAAUUUUUCACAUUUAAAAUUUAAUUUGUACAAGCUAUACAAGAAAAUUACUCCAUACUUAUCCAACCUGUUACACAGCUUGAUUCAAUUAUUGCUAAUGCUUCAUGGCGAUUCCGUAACUAUUCCAUUCCAAAAAUAGAAAGUUCAAACCAAUUGGGAUUUUUUGGCGAAGUAGAAUUUGCUACAAAAGCCGGCUAACGGGGGUAUUCCUGCAUAUGAGGACAUAGUAAUGGAGGGGUUGCAUAAUUGCACAAAGAAAUUCAGCACAAAUUCCAAUUGAAGGCGGAGCACGCGCCUUCUUUUAAUUAUAGGAUCUUCAGGAUGCAAAAACUCCGUGGAGAAAAAAAUGGGCGGGCCUAAUAAAGCUACAGUCUAUACAGGAGGACGUUUUAGAUCAAUUAAUUACAAAGCUUUUAACCAGCUCAACAUAAUGAGAACAUUUUCGCUUUUGAUAUUAUCUUUUUGGGAAAUGGAUACUUGGAUAUUAAUUUGUUUUCAAACGUAGGUAAUGAGUUAAUCUCAACAUGAAGGAAUUGUUUAGUCUGAGAGAUCUUUUCAUCUAAAUUAAUGGGCUUAGAGUUUAAUUUGAUAAAAAGGGGUCCAUUAUGCUUUUGUGGUAUGGACCAAUUAGUGUUGUUUUUUUUAGAUUGAGGAGAAGAGGAGCUGGAAAAAAAAAAGGAGAAGAGGAAACCAUUGCCAGAUUACAUUGACAAGGUCUAGAAGGAUGUGAACCUAAUAGGAGGGAGAUUUUAGUGGAUAGUUUGGCGGAGGUUUCUGAAGAGUGCAAGCUUUACUUUGAUAGUCUCUUUCAUUCCAUCUCUUACCUUGAUAGAUUUUUGUCAACAAAUGCACUCAAUAGGCAGAUGCUUCAAUUGCUCCGGUUGUUGGGUGUUUCUUCAAUGCUUGUGUCAUAGCAAGCUUUCAGACCCUCUUAAAACUGCUUGUGGUUAGAGUUUUUAUGAUACUAAUUUGGGUGAUGAUGUUCGUUCUUUGGUCCUUAACUUAUUUCCAGUUAUUGAAAUUUCCCCUUCCAAGUUAAAUUAGAAAAUUUGGUCAUAAGCCUGUUCUGAUCUGAUUCUGUUUUUCUCUUAACUCAGGGGUAAUAAACUCGAUUACUACAAUUAUUGGGUUUGGGAUGAGUGCCAGUUUCAUUGAGUUUGUCUGUAUCAGAUUGCUUUGUGGAAGACUCAGAGGAGUUGAGUCCUGGCAAAUGAUUGAGAUCGACUCAGGGAUUGAUCUUAAGCAGUGUUGCAAUGGCAAACAGUAGCGGUGCUAGCUGUAGCUGUUGGGGAACACAAAGGAGACUUUGUCUUUGUUCCGUGUGUUCCAUUGCAGAAUUAACGGCAGAAGUUUUACUCAAAGUUCAGGCACCUUCACCAUGACUUCAGGUCAGACUAUUUCCAAAGUCUUAUUUGGUUGCGAUUUUCAAAGACCAGUAUCCUGAGCUGUUCAUAUGUGUAGAUUUGCUCAAGCAGUAUGGAAACUCUCUCCUCUUUGUCCUGACUCUGCGAGGAAGGGGAGAAGAUUUUUGGGAUUGGUUCACAGUAGUGGUGAAGAAGAAUCCAGGAGAUCACUGGCGUGUGCAAUUAUUUGGAGAAUUUGGAAGUGCAGGAAUGAUGCCCAUUUUUUUGGCCGUCAGUGUGAUCAUGUGGUGGUAGUCAAUAUUGCGUGUAAGGACUCGACUGAUUUUUUGGAUGCAAACAAGCCCAUUGAACUGCCGAGGAUGGAUACGGGGUUGGGACCAGUGAAUGAGCCUUAGAGAUGGAGUCCUCCGGAAGAUGGGAUUAUCAAGAUUAAUUUUGAUGCAGGGGUGGAUGUCCAGAGUCGUUAAGGUGGGUAUGGUAGGGCGAGAGGCGCUUUUUGGCAGCUAGAUGUUUGGCUUUGAAUGGUUUCUCUACUCCACUGGUUGCUGAAGCAAUAGCUGCUAGGGAAGGCCUUAUUUUUGCAUCUGAGCUGGGGUUUACGUGUAUUCAGAUUGAAGGGGAUUCCUUAAGCUUUAUUCGAAUGGUUAAAGGGGAACAAGUUAUUCACUGUGAUGCUGAAGUUCUUGAGGAAGAUGUCAGGAGAUUGGCGUGUGACUUUUGGUUGUGUGAGUUUAGUUUUAUUAAAUGUAGUGGUAAUAGUGUUGCUCAUUGUUUAGCUUGUCGGGGUUAUGGUUGUGUAGGUACUUCCACCUGGGAAUCCUAUCCGCCGUUGUGGCUAUCCACCCCUUUGUUUAAGGAUGGAUAUGCCCGUUGAUGUUUGGUUCGCAUCUUUUUAUCAAUGAAUGGAUUAUCCAUUGGCAAAAAAAUAAAAAAUAAAA